CUAGUGUCAGCUGGUGUGACGUCAUCAGUAAACACUAGCAAGGCCUCGACGGCUGCUCUCUGUUAAUACUUUUGAAAAUAUUACCCCAAAACACAAGCUUCCUAAAGUAACAACUAGCGAAUCAUCGAGUUUGAGGACCUGAGAAGACGGAGAUCAAUGUGAAUGCAGUAAUCGGCGGUGUUAAAUAGGAAAUAUAGGAAGGAGGCACCACUGCUGCCGCCUCCAGGAUGAAGUCUAUCACUGUCAAGUGGAAUGGCAAGGAGUAUGAUAUUGAGGUGGACGAGUCUGUUAUGACGGUCAAGGACUUCAAAGAUGCUAUUGAGAAGCAGACCUGUGUCAGACCUCACCGCCAGAAGCUGCUUAAUCUGAAGCUGAAAGGAAAAACUCCGGAUGAUGACACCAAGAUGGGAGCAAUCAGCCUAAGACCAGGAACAAAGAUAAUGAUGAUGGGUUCCUUAGAGGCUAGUGUUGAGGAAGCUCAGCGUAUUCCAGAUGACUUGCCUCCGGUCAUAAAUGAUCUCGACAUUGAAGAGGAAGAAGUAGCUAUUGAGAAUCGCUCUGAGUACUUACAGAAAGUUGAGAAACGAGUCAAGGAAUAUGAAGUGAAGAUCUUGAAUGAAAUGCGGCCCGGGAAGAAGUUGCUCGUACUGGAUAUCGACUAUACCCUGUUUGAUCAUCGGUCAACAGCUGAGACGGGGGCAGAGCUUAUGAGGCCAUUUCUUCAUGAGUUUCUCACCUCAGCUUACAAAGUAAAUGCAGCACAGAAAAUGAUCACACAUGGAAGUUCUCUUUCAAUACAGUAA